AUGGAAAAAGAAAUAGUAGAAAGUCUAAACAAUCGACCCAGCUCCCUAAAAAUGCUUCCUUCGUUCAUAAGAGCAGUCCCAAAUGGUACAGAACGAGGAGAUUUUCUGGCCCUCGAUCUCGGAGGAACUAACUUUCGAGUCUUAUUGAUCAAGUUAAAAGGGAGUACAGCUGAAAUGACUGGUAAAGUGUACCGAGUCCCGGAGGAAAUCAUGAGGGGCGUUGGGACUGUGUUUUAUUGA